GCAUAUUUAGAAAAGAGUUGCUGCACUGAAUUUAACCAAGACUUUUCAAGAUCGAGGUCUGUUCUGAUGGUCUGCUUAACUGGCUGGGGGCGUCCAGCCACUAUCUCUCCUGUCUGAGCUCCUGGGGGCAGUUUUGUCACCCUCUCUGUUCCUGUUCUGACAAAACUCAAGUGAUGGUGCAGCAGCAUUUCAGCGUGUCUGUCCCUGUGCCCACAUAUUUGGACAUCUACCAGCCAGAAACGAUGGCUUAGAUUUGGUUUCUGUGGGUGGAUUACAGUCCCUGGAACUUCCCUGUCCUUGCUGGGGCUGUGGAGUGGGAGGGGAAGAGAUGGGACACUCUCAGAUAUUCCCUGGGAUCCUCCAAGUGUCUUCGUGCAAGUUAGGCUAAUGAUAAGUUUGACGAUAAAAAAGGGAGAGGGAACUAUGUUUUAUAGCAAGACACUGUGCCGGGCACAUUGCACGAAUUGUAUGGCCUUCGUGGCAAUUCUUUUUGGUAGGUACUAUUAUUAUUUUCCAUUUGCAGGUGAGACCCAGAAAGGUUAAAUCACUUGCUGGGGCCACACAGGUGGUAAAUGACAAAGCCCGAUUCACCCCCAGGUCCCUCUGACCUCCAAGGUUUCUGUAUCACCGGCUCUCCUAAGGAGUUUGCCUGUAGACGCCUUGGCUCUAGGGGUCAAACAGACUCCGUGUCAGGUGGGCACAGGUUUGAGUCUCAGCUCUGUGACUCCCAACUGUGACUAGGUAGCCGAACUGACCAAAGCCACCUGGUCAAAGGCCGGACAGGAUGGGGAAGGGCCCUUGAAGGCACAGGGGCAUGUAGGCGGGAGAUGAGAACACCUGGAAACAGAAAUGCUGUCUCCAAAACCGCCCGGUGGGGAAGCAGGUUGCCUUGUGGGCCAUGAGUGAGAUUUGUUCUGGGGGCCACGCACUGCUAUGUGCAGGUUAUUUAGUUACAUCUCUCAACCCUUCCAUCCCAUUUUAUAGGAGACAACCAAGACCCGUGUUAAAUCACACAGCCUGCAAGUGGAGGAGACAGAAUUUGAACCCAGCCCUGACUUCCUCUCCUAGGGAAGGGGCCGCCCGGAGAGGCCAGGACAGAGGAAGCAGGGCCCUUCCUUCCCCAAGGACUCAGUGUCUUCCAGAGGCAGAAUGUCAGACGGGGUGGGCACGUACCGCGUGGUCCCUGAAGAGGAACAGGAGCUCCGUGCCCAACUGGAGCAGCUCACGACCAAGGACCACGGGCCUGUCUUUGGCCAGUGCAGCCAACUGCCCCGCCACACCUUGCAGAAGGCCAAGGACGAGCUGAACGAAAGGGAGGAGACUCGCGCGCAGGCGGUGCAAGAGCUGCGGGAGCUGGUGCAGGAGCAGGCGGCCUCUGGGGAGGAGCUGGCAGUGGCCGUGGCCGAGAGGGUGCGGGACAAGGACAGUGCCUUCCUCCUGCGCUUCAUCCGCGCCCGGAAAUUCAACGUGGGCCGAGCCUACGAGCUGCUCAGAGGCUACGUGAACUUCCGGCUGCAGUACCCUGAGCUCUUCGACAGCCUGUCCCUGGAGGCUGUCCGCUGCACCAUCGAGGCCGGCUACCCUGGUGUCCUCUCCACCCGGGACAAGUAUGGCCGAGUGGUCAUGCUCUUCAACAUUGAGAACUGGCAAAGUGAGGAAAUCACCUUCGAUGAGAUCUUGCAGGCCUACUGCUUCAUCCUGGAGAAGCUUCUGGAGAACGAGGAAACGCAGAUCAACGGCUUCUGCAUCAUCGAGAACUUCAAGGGCUUCACCAUGCAGCAGGCCGCCGCGCUCCGGCCCUCGGACCUCAGGAAGAUGGUGGACAUGCUCCAGGAUUCCUUCCCAGCCCGGUUCAAAGCCAUCCACUUCAUCUACCAGCCGUGGUACUUCACCACCACCUACAACGUGGUCAAGCCCUUCUUGAAGAGCAAGCUGCUCCAGAGGGAGAUUGACGAGAACAUCCUGCCCUGUGACUUUGGGGGCACCCUGCCCAAGUAUGACGGCAAAAUCGUUGCUGAGCAGCUCUUUGGGCCCCAGGCCGAAUCUGAGAACACAGCCUUCUGAGGACAUCUCCCGCCGCCUGAGCUGUAGUUAGCACCCCCGGCCUCUCCUCCGUUGCCCUGGCCCCACGCCAGGAAGGGGCUGCCGAGGUGGUGACUGUGCUUCCCCUCAACCUCCCUAAGCUCCAAUGAGCCCAGGUGUCACCCUCCUGCCAAGUUGGAGGUGCAAUAAAGAAGCGGAAAUUCCCUUGAACAAGAAUUGGGGGCAGUUGCUAAUAUAUUCCCGCCUGCCCUUAAUGCUUUAAGAUGGUGACUUUUGUGCAAGAUAGAAUUUUAAAGACUCUAAUUAGGCUCCUCAAUAAUUUCCUUUGCUGGCCAGGCACAAUGGCUCAGGCCUAUAAUCCUAGCACUCUGGGAAGCUGAGGCAGGAGGAUUUGCUUGAGG